AUGAAAGAUGUUGCAUUACUGAGUCUUUUGGUUAUUUUGGUUGUGGCGAUAAUUCCAAUUAUUGAUUAUCCUGAUAACAAAGAGAACCUACAUGAUAUAGUCAUCAUAAGGUAUUUACCAAUUUCACUUGAAACUGUCAGUUUUAGUUAUGGUGGGAAUAUAGUUUAUCCUUAUCAUGAAAAAAACCACAAAACUGGCCAAAGUAAUCUCAUAUUCAAUGUUUACAAUUACAAUGUUAUAUAUCUAAUAAUUGGAUUUUUUGGUUAUUUAACUUAUGGAAAUAAUGUCAAAUCACCAAUUUAUUUAAAUUUACCUGAUGGAAUAUUAAAUAAACAUUAUAAUAAUAUCAAUAACACUACAUUUUAUAUUGCAAUAUUGAUACCUUAUUUUGCUGAUGUUAUGUCAUUAUUAGGUGCAUUGGCUAAUGGCACAUUAUUGGUUGUUAUGCCAUUAUUGUUUAUGGUUGAGGUUUUUUUGAUGGAGUAA